GGGGUGGGCUUCCGUGAUGUUGACUUAAAUGAAUUUCUUGUUGUAGCCGCAAAUUCUUGAAUCAUUAUCAUCAUCAUUGUAUAAGAAACUAUUCUUCUUAAUUUGUCUCUCUUAAUUACUUAUCUGGUUGGGGGUUAUACAUCAAUAAUAUUAUUGGGUAAUGGAGGCAUAUCAGCAGUCACCGGCACCGGAGAUGGCCGGCGGAGUGUGGAAGAGGGUGGUGGUGGUAGGCGGCGGCGUGGCAGGUUCUCUCAUUGCCAAGUCUCUUCAGUUCCAAGCUGAUGUUACCCUCAUUGAUCCGAAGGAAUAUUUUGAGAUCCCAUGGGCGAGCUUGAGGGCAAAGGUGGAGCCGACUUUCGCUGAGAGAUCAUUAAUUUACCACAAAGAUUAUCUCACCAAUGGCCGUCUGGUCCUAUCCAAGGCCAUAAGCAUCUCUAACUCUCAAGUAUUGACUGCAGAAGGCCGUCUCGUUACCUAUGACUACCUCGUCAUUGCCACAGGCCACGACGAUCCUCUACCCAAAACUAAAUCCGAGCGACUCAAAGAGUACCAAACAGAGCAUGAACGGAUAAGAUCCGCUAGUUCAGUUCUGAUAGUUGGUGGCGGCCCUACUGGCGUUGAGCUUGCCGGGGAGAUUGCUGUUGAUUUUCCUGAUAAAAAGGUUGUCCUAGUGCACGAGGGAUCCAGGUUGUUGGAGUUCAUAGGGCCAAAAGCAGCCGACAAGACUCUAGAGUGGCUGAAAUCAAAGAGAGUAGAGGUGAAACUCCGACAAUCAGUUGACCUGAACAACUCUUCAGAAGGCAACAACACUUUUAUAACAUCGUCGGGAGAGAUCAUCAAUGCGGACUGCCAUUUCGUGUGCACUGGUAGACCGUCCGGCUCGGCCUGGUUGCAUGAGACUAUUUUAAAGAACAGUGUGGAUGGGUUGGGGAGGUUGAAGGUUGAUGAGAACCUAAGAGUAAAAGGAUUCAAGAACAUUUUUGCUAUUGGAGACAUCACAGAUGUGAGGGAAAUAAAGCAAGGGUACUUGGCACAAAAACAUGCUCUGAUAGCUGCAAAGAACUUGAAGGUGAUGAUGAGGGGAGGAAAGGAGAAGAAGAUGGCGAGUUACAAGCCACACUCCAUCAAAGUGGUUGUUUCGUUGGGGAGACAAGAUGCUGUCGCUCAGUUUCCUUUGACAACCUUAAUUGGACUUGUUCCUGGAUUCAUCAAAUCCAAGGAUUUGUUUGUGGGGAAAAUAAGGAAGCAAUUAGGGCUGGACCCUCGCCUUGUGGACUAUUGAGUUUCAUUUUAAUUACAGAUAUUUUUUACAGAGUAUUUUCCUUUUAUUUUUUUAACGUUAAUUCGAAUUGGGUCUGAUUAUAACAAAUCGAUCAGGUUAUAAGUGU